AUGACGGGAUCGCCAUUCAACUUUUCCAUCCUAUUUGACGAUUGGUAUUUGACAAGAUACGUUGACUCCGUUUCGCCGGCCAUGCCAUCGACAGAUCAGGCAAUGGAGCCGUGUGAAUUGAGCCACUUGACCCCCAUGAAAAAGGCAAUUGUAACCGAGUUUUCGAAAACCGUCAAGCUCACCAUCCCCUUUGCGCUGCAAUGCCUGGAGCAAAAUGGCUGGCGUGUGUUGGAUGCCCAGGAGGCUGUACGUAUUUUAAAAGCUGCCCGUGCUGGCUACUCCAGCAGGGCUCGAUAUCCAUCGGAUGUUCCUCGUGUGCAAAAUGGCCUACGCCUUACGGAACAUCCAAAUUCCAUAAAAAGAAAAGAGCUCUUUUCAAACUUAAAGGCGUGGAUUCCCAUCGUGCACAAAUACGCAAAGGAGAAUCCCGUAGGCCCCAUAUUCUUUGGUCCAACAUCGCCAUUCCCAUACAAUCAGGAGUUUAAAAAUACCGUUCCUAUCUCGGAUAACAUGAAGAAUCUGAUAUUUGGAACGUAUAAAGAAAGUCCGCUAUAUUGGACCGUUCGCCGUCUUUCUCGGGCCUUUUGCCUAUCCAUUGAGCGAAUAGAGGCGAUUUUGCGGAUGAAGAUGCUGCAGGACGAAAUGGUGGCAAGAAAUUUUGAAAUCGACAAGGAAUAUGUCGCCCGCAUGGAGAUGGCCGUUGGGGUCAAUGUUAAUGACUAUCUUCCGUUUUCUCAGAGACUUUCUUCGUCAGGCAGUCAAAUAGACAUCAAGGAGGGAGAAAUCUUUUCCUAUCGCAUCGAUUCUAUAUUAAAGAAACCAAAUCAAUGGCUAAAGCCCACGUUUGUCAAAAUCCACGAGUCAAAGGAGCUGACUCCGGAACAAGCAGGCGCCAUUUUGGAGUAUGACGUUGUUGUCGCACGCGACUAUCUCUCCACACGUCCACUGGUGAAACCCGACAAAGACGUGCCACAGUCCCAGAAAUUGAUUAGGAAUGACCCCUGCGAGCGGUCCAGGGAUCGGCUAAUGCUUGUACGAGACAUCAAUGGCGACUUGAGGGAGGCCUCAGACACAGAGCGCCUGUCUGAGGCAAAACGGAUUUGGAACACAGAUGCGCCAAAGAUGAUGCAGCCAAAACAGCCUUAUGAUCCUUCCCAACCGCGCCCCUUUCCGAAAAUCUGCAUCCCAAGGGCCUUUUUUAAAAGCUUUACAUUGAGAAAACCAAGGUAUUUAAGGGAGGAAAACGCAUGCCGAGAGGCCAGCCAACCUAUGCCAUCCCCACAUGCAGACGUGGAGACCACGCCAGAGUUGGCAGACCUGACUCGUUCUUAG